AUGGUACACGAGGCCACGGGUCUAUGGUGGCACGCAGGAUUCAACGUAUCGAGGUGGCUGAUGAUCGUGAUACACGAGUACAGGGCUACCACCCUUCUGCUAUCCAUCCUGCUUAACGUGCUGGUGCGAACUGCCGAGUACCCGACGGCGGUCACGGCGGAAAUCGUGGCUGCGAACGGGAAUUCGUUGGAGGCGAGCAUCAAGCCGUUGGACAUCGACCUGCCGCCUCCUACUCUACCGAUGAGCUUCGGUACUGAAAAUUCCACGGUGAUCUCCGCCCAAUCUGGAUCCACGGCUUUGCUGCCCUGCGUCGUCCAUAAUCUCGGGGAUGGAAUGGUGUCGUGGAUCAAGCGGAAGAACGUUCAGGAGUUACUGACCGUAGGACUGACAACGUACGCGAACGACGAGCGGUUCCAGGCGAUUCAUUUUCACCACAGCGAGGAUUGGACUCUUCAAAUAAAAUACGUUCAACCGAGGGAUGCCGGAUUGUACCAGUGCCAAGUAUCCACCCAUCCACCCACCAGUAUAUUUCUGUUCCUCGAGGUUGUCGAGGCCAAAGCUGAGAUAGCCGGUCCCUCGGAGAAAUUCGUGAGGCCAGGUAGCACCCUGCAGCUUCACUGCCUUGUGAAAAAAUCGACCGAGACGCCAUCCUAUCUAUUCUGGUACCAUAACUUCCGGAUGAUCAACUACGACGUGGAGCAGGGGGUCAAUGUCAGCACCGAUCUGACAGGACGUGAAAGCUGGCUAGAGGUGCCCCGAGCCUCUGAUCGUCAUUCCGGAAAUUACACCUGCGAGGCGAGUAACGCGCAACCUGCCAGGGUGCUGGUGCACGUGUUCAAAGGAGAUAAUCCAGCGGCGAUGCAGCACAGCAUCGCGUCUUCGCCAUCCGUCAUGACGUGCAGCGCGCUAUUGAUGAUGUUCACCACGUUGAAGCUCGUGUCGCAUUCUACCGUCACGAACUGA